AUGGAAUUACUUCCUGAAGGACAGAGGAACACCGCGACUGAAGUGUCAUGGGAGGAUCAGCAAAAAAUAAAUAAGUUUUCGACUUUGAUCGGUAAGAAGGAUGAAGCCUCUGAGGACCUUGAAAAAUUAAAGACAGAAAAGGAAUAUCUCGACGACUUGCUACUUGAGAUUGAGUUGCUAGACGAGGAUGAAAAGAUUCAGUAUAAAAUAGGGGAAGUGUUUGUAGCUUUGAAACAAGAAGCCGCUAUUGCUCGAUUAGAAAAGUCAAAUGAACAUAUAGAGGGCAAGAUAGAAGACAUUGAUUCUAAUAUAUCUGAGCUAGAUGAAAAGUUGAAUGAAUUAAAGAGCCAGUUAUAUGCAAGAUUUGGAUCCAAUAUAAAUCUUGAACGUUAA